AUGAAUCAAAACAAUGAUGCUAAGAUCAAAUGUCCAAAUCCAGAGCAUUUAGAUAAUAUAAAAUUUGCAUGCUUUAAUGAAUCUUGUAAAGCAGAUAGAUUAUAUUGUUUUUAAUGUAUUAAAAAUGGAACCCAUAUUUCUCAUCCUUAAAAUUAAUAAGAGUUACCUUUUUUAUUUGAACAUAUUUAAAGAAUUGAAAAGUAAUGUGAGGAUUUAAUUAAAAAUCUAAAAAAAAUAAUUAAUGCUGCUCAUCAAUAAUUUAAUUGA